AUGGGGUUGUACACCGAGAUCCCAAAGGAGACCCAAGAGGUCGACAUCGUUGUUGCCGGAGGCGGAACGGCAGGAUGCAUCGUUGCGGCCAGACUGGCCGAGGCUGACCCCAACUUGUCCAUUCUGGUCAUUGAGGGAGGCCAAAACAACCACAAUGUGCCCCAGGUCGUCUACCCGGCCCUCUACCUGUCGCACCUCAAGCCAACCAGCAAGGCAACCCUCUUCUACAAGAGCACAAAGGCUGACCAACUUGCCGGUCGCGAGGUUGUCGUGGCUUCCGGUGGGACUUUGGGCGGAGGCUCGUCAAUCAACUUUCUCAUGUACACCCGGGCUCAGAGAUCCGAUUUUGACUCUUGGGGGGCCAAGGGUUGGUCAGCAGAAGAGCUCCGGCCUUAUCUCAACAAGUUCGAAACGUAUCAUGGCAGCGGUGAGAGUCGUCACCACGGCCAUGACGGGCCUAUCCACGUGUCGGACGGUCCUUUCCCUGCCCCCAAGUCCGCAGAAGACUUCAUUGGCGCUGCCACGAAGCUUGGCUGGCCGAAAGUCAAUGACUUGCAAACGUUGGAUGCCAACAAUGGCAUAAGCCCUUGGCUACGGUACAUGUCUCCUGAUGGCAAGCGUCAAGACACGGCCCACAGGUACAUUCAUCCUAAACUAGAGGACGGAAAACACCCCAACCUCCACGUUCUUGUCGAGUCCAAAGUCGUCCGGGUCUUGAUCGAUGAUCAGAAGCGAGCCGUUGGGGUCGAGUAUAUGUCCACUCAGACUCCAAACGCAAAACUCACCGUCAAGGCGCGUCGGUUGGUAGUCGUGUCUUGCGGUGCCCUCGGAACGCCCUUGGUUCUGGAGAGAUCUGGUCUUGGUGACCCCGAGGUGCUCAACUGUGCGGGCGUGCCACUUGUGAUGGACUUGCCAGGCGUUGGCCGCGAGUACCAGGACCACAAUGCAACCAUCCACCCGUACAGGACGAACCUUGAGCCGCAUGAGACGCUGGACGGAAUUCUCAGUGGCCGAGCCGAUGUUCCUAGCCUCAUUGCGAAGAAGGAUAAAAUCCUGGGUUGGAACGGCAUCGAUGUUGCAUCCAAGCUUCGGCCAAGUGAGGCGGAUGUUGAUGCUCUUGGCCCGGAAUUUCGCGCUACUUGGGACCGAGACUUUAAGAACAACCUUGAUAGGCCUCUGAUGCUUACGGGUCUACUGUCAUACUUUCUCGGAGAUCAUUCAGCCAUUCCUGAAGGGCAGUAUGCAACAGUACUCAACAUCACGGCCUACCCGUAUUCACGUGGACAUAUACACAUCACUGGGCCCAGCCUCGACGACCCGUUGGACUUCAACGUUGGCUUCUUUACUGAUGCCGAUGAUAUCGACCUGAAGAAGCAGCUCUGGGCAUACAAGAAGCAGCGUGAAAUUAUGCGACGCACAGCCAUGUACCGUGGCGAGCUGGCUAUGGGACACCCCCCCUUCCCUGAAGGGUCUGCAGCGGCGUGCAUCGAAACGGAUGCUCCCCUCAAAGACGUCCAAGACAUCAGGUACUCAGCGGAAGACGACAAGGUUAUCGAGGACUGGCUCCGCUUCAAGGUGGCCAGCCCCUGGCAUUCUCUGGGCACGGCAAAGAUGGGUCCUCGCGAGAGUUUCGGCGUUGUCAACGAACAGUUAAGUGUCCAUGGCAUUAAGGGACUCAAGAUUGCCGAUAUGAGCGUCUCGCCAAAGAACAUGGGCGCCAACACGGAGAAUGCUGCUUUGGUGAUUGGUGAGAAGGCAGCGGAUAUUAUCAUCAGCGAGUUGGGACUCAAGCCGUGA